CCCCUGAGUGGCAGCCUUGAAAGCCUUAGGUAAUCAACGACUACCAAAAAUUCCGAGCAUCGAAAGAGCUUCAAAAUAUUAUUCUGCAGUACAGUUCAGCAGCUUCGCUCCUCUCAGCAAUGGACACACGGCUGAUUCGGAGGCCUGUUCUCGAUCUCCUCUCCGGCCGAAGCCAAUGUUUAUUCUCUCUCAAUGCCGCAUCACGACGAAAUGAAUCCUCAUAUCGACGCACGAAGCAACGUUUAAACAUCAAGCCAGACUCGUCCUUCCUCAACUCGAAACAUUCUCCAAACCAAGACCACAUUAUCUUCAAUCCUCCCUCAUCUGCUCCUUCAGUUCUACACACCCCAUUGAAGUUCCUCCCGAAAGAAGACAAGCGACGGCAACUGCUCGCGUCGACGGCAACGAGACAUCAAGCUACUGACUCGAUCUUACCACCACCAGUGCACGUCAAGCGUUCAGUACCACAUCACCACUUGAGCGAGGCAGAUGUUCGAGAGAUUCAGAGGCUAAAGCGUGAAGAGCCAGAUAAUUGGACUUGUGCGAAGCUUGCAAGGAAGUUCAAUUGCUCGACAUUUUUCGUCAGUAUCUGCUUGACUCAAUGCGGUGUCGAUAACACGCAGAAGAAGAAGGAGAUGCAGGAGAAAUUGGAAGCUAUCCAGGCGCGAUGGGGACCAAGGAGACGAAAAGCACGGGAAGAGCGGGCGAAGAGAUAUGAGCUUGCGAAUAGGGGCGAAUAGAUGUAUAGAUGGAUGGUGGGGAAGCCGUACGAUAUAGGUGGUGGACUGGUUAUGAUCGCUCCGCAGAGAAUAUGCUGCAGCUUAGAUGGCGCUGACUCCUCUGUGUUGAGUAAUGCUGCUUGUAAAGACCAGCACAGAUCACGCCACACUUUACUUUGUACAAGAAGCAUUUGCGGUGGAGCAGUGGCGUUGGAAAAAUGUAUGAAUAUGUAUAAAGACG